AGUAGCCGUAUACAUGUCUUACCUUUCGGGGGAUGGACAUUUCUACCUUCACCGAGCCGACACGGAUAUAGACAACAUCAACGAGGACAUACAGUGCCUUAGCGAGACUGCUUCACGAAUCCCAGGACCUGAGCUGACACCAGGAGACUACUGUGUCGCCAAAUAUACAGCUGAUAACACAUGGUGCAGGGCCCGCAUCUUACAAUACGUCCCUGGAACAGACACGGUGGAUGUGUUGUUCGUGGAUUAUGGCAAUGAGGAACAAAUCGCUCUCCAGUCUAUCCGCCAGUUGAACCCCAAACUUUCCUUUCAUCCUGCCCAGUCCAUCAAAUGUGAGCUGUAUGGGGCAAAGUCUUGGCAGGGUGAUUUAUGGAGUGAAAAGGCAAUUGAGAAAUUUGCUGACGUUUGCGGGAAUGUGGAACUAGUGGCUCUGACUAUAUCACACUCAGAUAAUAUGUGUGUGGUGGAACUGUAUAAUUCUGGGGGAGACGGGCAGUCUAUAAACGAGCUCAUGGUCCGACAGGGAUUACUCAAACCAACGGCAGAGAAACUCCUGCGCUUAGUUCCCGAGAAGACAGACAAGACUACAGGGAAUGGAGAAAUGACAGAGACAGAAGAACAUCAAGAUAGGGAGUUGCCGGCAGUGACACCUCCUCUCGGUAAACCUGGACCUCUCCAGUUCCCAGACGAGCGAUACUGGGAUGUCUACGUCUCCUUCCUGACCUCCAUCAAAGACAUCACCUUCAGACUCGUUGGGGAAAAUUACUCUGUCAAACUGGAGGAGCUAGAGGUGUCCUUGAAAGAUUGUUACAGUUCUGCCGCUGUCACUUCUGGGGAAGAGAUUGUCGAAGGCUCUGUGUGUGUGGCCAGUGUGGAUGGUCUGUACCAUAGGGUCAGGGUCCUCAACAGAGAAGGGAACAAGGCAAAAUGUUUCUUCCUCGAUCAUGGUGACACAGAUGAGAUGGACAUUCAGAAUUUAAGACUGAUAUCGGCAGACUUCAACACUUUGCCCUACCAGGCUUGUCACUGUGAGCUGCAUGGACUGGAACUGACCAGUGAGGCACUGACAGCUCUUGCCCUGGAAACUUUGCUUAACUACGUGCUUGGCAAGACAUGUGUUGCCGAGGUAGUGACCAGCUAUGGUCGCCACCACAGUGUUGUUUUGUUCGACACUUCUGGAGAGGAAGAUGUCAACAUCAAUGAUGCCAUUGCAAAACUAACAGCAGAGGAAAAUACAAAGUGUGUACAGUUUGUGAAGUCCGGUGGAUAUCUGCUCAUGGGACCAUACGAUAUUCCUACGCCAUGCGAUGAUCAGUUAUCAGUCACCUCAGAAAGUAGUUCCAUCUCCAGCUCGGGUAGACAAGAAGUUGUCAUUGUGAAGCCGAAAUUCUUAAAAUACCAAAUGAACCGUGAGUCAGCAUUCAACGAUGCAGAGUCUGUGUCGUCCGAAUGCAGUUCAACUUCUGAGAUGUCCAUAACUUUAAAACCAAAGUUCCACACCAAAUCCACGACAAAUCAAUCUGCGAGAAAUCCAAAUGCUUCAGCAGAUUCAAAUUUGCUCGCAAUAGGUGACCUUCAGUUGUCAGAAUCUGGUGACAGUGCAAAUUUCUCAGACGUUGCGUCCUCUUCAACGAUGUCAAGUCUGGACACGUCACUUGGUCAGCCGUGUUCUAUCGAACCUGCGAUGUUGCAACAGUUUUCUCAAGGUAUCAACCAAGAGAGCAUUGUAGGAACAACAUUGUCACCUGGCAUGUCGCAGGGGAAGUCCCGGCCAUCCACCACAGAAGAUCGUUCUGAUGUUCAUCCGGAGGACAUGCCCUUACCGGAAUCCUGCUCUGAUUUCUCCUCCGCGUCCGACUUAGACCAAGGGCUGUCUUUGGGUUCCGGAAUGCCAGGAAUCUCUUCAUGGGACGGGAAAACAAGCGACAUCCAUCGUAAGGUUUCAACGACAAAGAGUCAGACACCUGUUAAUGCUGCUACGAGUUAUGCUCCCCAAGGGGCUUGGUCAUUCCCUGCUGACAUGGACAUCUGGGGCAAAGAGUAUCUGUCCCUGCCACUCCCACCCUUCUUGCAACCUCCACCAGUUGGACAGUACAUGGACGUACGUGUGCGUUGGGCAAGCGAUCCAGAAAACUUUGUAUGCUUGCCGUACAACACCUUGCAGCAGUUUACAGAGUUCACGGAGUCUUUACAAAAAUACUUUGAGGAAAAUCCCCCUGCUCGCACCCCGCGUAUGGAGGAGAUCCAGGCGGGCCAUCUGUACGCAGGUCGCCAGUGUGGCACCUGGUAUAGGGUCAUUGUCAAGGACUUCUUACAGGACACAGACCUGGUAUGUAUUUUAAUGGCGGAUAUUGGAGAGUUUGAUGUGAUGUCCCUGAGUGAUUUGCACCCUUUGCCCCUCCAGUUCUGGAGAAUUCCUUUUCAAGCUAUCCGUGCCAAGUUACAUGGUGUAACCUGCGCAGCGUCCAAAUCCUGGUCCGAGGCAACAAAGUUCAAGUUCCUGGAACUCGUUCUCGACAAAGACUUGGUGGCCAUGGUCCAAGCCAAAGAUGACAGUGCAGGGGUUGUCUCCCUUGAUCUUGUUGACACCUCGCAGGAAAACCAAGAUAUUUGCAUUAAUGAUAUCUUCAUCUCCAAGCUCCUUUCCUGGACUGACAGCUAAGGCGUUGCUCUGAUAAAAACAAGAAAAAGUUGUACAUAACUUGUAAUCAGAUAUUGUAUGUGUAAUGAAAGAAAUCCGAUGCAUUGUAACCCAAAAAAAUUGAUACGUUGAUAUAUUGAUACAUUGGAGUGGAAGUUUUCACUCUUUUCAUUUUCUCAACGUUGGGUGACUUUUGGAUUCAUACCUUGCCUGGCUGGGCAAAAUUAAGACUUGAAAAAUUAUUAUGUCAGUUAUUACACCUAAUGUUGUAUUGUGAAUAUUCAUGGAGAUUUAUGUGAUAUAAGGAAUGGUAUUCAAUAUUACUUUUUUGUUUUGGACUGUGAACAAAUACAUACAUUUAUACAGUUGUCCAGCAAAUCCUUUAAUAAGCUGUUAAAGCCUUAAGAAAAUAUCAUAUGGCCGUUGGAUCUAUUCUUUCCCAAUUUAGAGUAUACACACGUAGCUCUGAUUAAAUGUUCCUAGGCAUGAAACUUCUAAUUUUGUUAUGUGAAUGAUGGGGGUUCCAUGUGUUUGUGACGUGAAUGAUUAGGGUCCCAUGUAUUUGUGACGUGAUUGAAUGGGGCCCAUGUAUUUAUUACGUGGAUGAUUAGGGCCCAUAUAUUUGUGAGGUGAACGAUUGGGGUCCAUCGAUUUGUGACAGAGGAUUUCAACUGUUGAAUUUAGAGCAUGAACUUAAUGUCAUGGAAACAACUUGUGUGGAAAGGCAACCUCCAAGGGUGUGUUAUUGUGUAAAUAAGUACAGUGAGUUUGCGUAAAUCAUGAUGGUCCAUGGAAAGAUCUACCAGCAACCUGCGGAUGGUUGUGGGUUUGCUGCCAUCAUAAUAUGGGCUGCCAUUGUGUAAGUGAAAUAUUCUGAAGUACGGCGUAAAACACCUGUCCAUUAAAUACAUUAAAUUAAUGUGCUUGUGAUUAGACAUCAAUGUGGAACUUGCCAGUGCCAGUGCCAGU